AUGCACUUGGGUCAGACCUACCUUGGUAAAGUGCACAAACUGGAAUCCCUCCUUCACUCAUGCACUCCUGUGCCAGUUUAUUCUGCCCAGUCGACAACACCGCACGCCUCUUCAACCACCAGCAAACCAGCAAACCAGCAAGGGCACGACUAUCAUUAUUUUAGUGGUAAUUCCUCAUUAACACUAGGUGCUUUUUCAGCCCGCAAUUUACUCUGCAAUUUAGCUAACAGAAUUUCAUCCUCUUCUUCCCAUUCACUCAGUUCUUUUUCUUCCCUAAGUCUGGCCCUUCCUUCAGCAAACGGUAUACCUGUGCCUUUCUCCUUCCCGUAUGUUCUCUCUCUUCCUCCCGCUUUCUCGACAACUGAGAUGUGGGAGUCGGGUUGUUGCGUUUGGUAUGGUCCAUCUGCAAGGACAGGUUCAUCUCAGGUGACCCGCUUCUCCAUAGCACCAACACCUUCGCUCCUUAAAACUGGCCAAAAAGUGCCCGACCACACCACAUGUCCAGCAUCUCAGAGGUCUUACUUGCACUGGGGCCACCCUGCCUCUUACUUUUUCAUGGGUGACCCAUUGGCAUUUCCCGGACCCUUUUCCUUCUUGGUAGGGGGCACCAGCGUAUUAACUCGCUUUAUCUCCAGUUUACAGUCUCCCUCUGCCAUACACCAGAUGCCAGAACUUGCCACAAGUCGUGCAGUCUGGCUCCAAAGACCUUGGGUUGCCUCCAUAGAUUGUCAGACAGUCGCAGGCCCGAUUCACACCAUACUUGCAAGUCCAGCACAUCAGCCCAUAUCAGCCCGGUGUCCUGUAUCUGGAUCUGCUCCUGGUCUUUCUUUUUCAUCACUACCUUGCCAACCCCCCCCCCCCGGGUUCAUACCUACACCCCCACUUAUUCUAUCCCAGAGUCGCUCACUGGUCUGA